UCUCUGUGUGAUGCUGCCACAACAUGGCUUGAUGAGCGGUGUGUAGGUCAGAGCCAAGAAACAGAAGCCGGGAACCCGUGCCACCGAAGUAGAGCGCACGAACCUAACCACUCAGCCAAGGGGGCCAGUCCCAAUUCUUGCUUUUUAAUGAAAACAGAAGCUUGCAGCUGAAGCAGGAAGGAGGGCUCACUACUCUUAGACCCAUGCUAUUAUCCCCGCUGACUACUGAACAGAAAAAAAAAAUAGGAAAGAAAACUGGAUUAAAUGUUUGGUAGUUUUUUAUGCAGAGAUAUCAACAGGCUACCUUCCCUACAUGGCAGCUUCCCACCACAGUCAGGAUCCUUUUGGCCACCAGGAAAGAUGGUUUGCCUGUUUCUCUUGUGAUUGGAUACACCCAGCACCAUCCCACAGAGGCGCCUCGAUCAAAGGCAGAAAUAUCUAGGAUGAAAAGACAGCAGAAUGGAAACACUCCUGCCUGUUCCCCACUUGACUGAUGUGUGUGUCGAGCAUUCUAUUCUUUCCUUACAAGUGGGUCAAAGGAAGGACACUUCAGGGUUGACGGGCAAGAAUGCCAGAUUGGCAUUCUUUAAAAAGCAGAAUCCUAAAAUCCAGAAAAAAAUCAGAAUGAGCAGCCACAGCGUGCCCCCUAGGUGUACUCACUGUGGUUGGUAACACGAGCCCAGAGAUAGCGAUGUGCAAACCACCUUGAACCCACAUGGGAGCUCUGACCCAAGACCAUGAUUCACAUUCUACCCGGCAAGCGAAGCCAAGUGCGUGUGCAUUCUCUGUAGAGUUCAGAGAAGAGAGGUUGACUCUAUGGGUGAGAUAGGAAUAUAUUAAUUUCCUGGACACUCGGUUUCCUAGAGAAAGAUUAACCGGUCUGCGAUAUGCGAAAGCUCUCGGAUUUCUCGCCAGUGGGGUACAGAGGAAGGAUUGUUUGAAGUGCUGGUGUGAGGUGGCGACGGACUCGGAGAGAGCGAUGUUACAAUAAACACAGCAUCCCGCCCUGUUGCUUGCUUAGGGCAUUUCAGGAGAGCAGCAGGACGCACGCCGCUGGAGGAGGGCACGGCUGGAAGUCAGCCUGACCAAGGAAAGGUCUGGACCCAAGGCUGGUUGCUUUCUAAGGUAAACUCACUCUCACCCUUUGACUUUUGGUCAAGAGUUGCGCUGAGCUGGCCACAGCCUCUCUCAGCCCCAUUUGUAGCAGAGCAAAGAAGAGCAUCAGGACUUCUGCCUCCGGUCACAAUGCCAACUGUCGAUGACAUUCUAGAGCACAUAGGGGAGUUUAACUUUUUCCAGAAACAAACGUUUUUCCUCUUAGCUCUGAUCUCUGUGGCUUUCACCCCCAUCUAUGUGGGCAUUGUCUUCCUGGGCUUCACCCCAGACCACCGCUGCCUGAGCCCUGGGGUGGUCGAGCUGAGCCGGCGAUGCGGCUGGAGCUUGGCCGAGGAGCUGAACUACACGGUGCCAGGCCCGGGGCCGGCAGGCGAGCCCUUCCCCGGCCAGUGCCGCCGCUACGAGGUGGACUGGAACCAGAGCGCCCUCAGCUGCGAGGACCCGCUGGCCAGCCUGGCGGCCAACAGGAGCCACCUGCCACUGGGCCCCUGUCAGCAUGGCUGGGUGUACGACACGCUGGGCUCCUCCAUCGUAACAGAGUUUAACCUAGUGUGUGCCAACUCCUGGAUGCUGGACCUGUUUCAGUCGGCUGUGAAUGUGGGAUUUUUCAUCGGUUCUAUGGGUAUUGGCUACAUAGCGGACAGGUUUGGCCGUAAGCUCUGCCUCUUGAUUACAAUCCUCAUAAAUGCUGCAUCCGGAGUUCUCAUGGCCAUCUCCCCAACCUACACACUGACGUUAAUUUUUCGCUUGAUCCAAGGACUGGUCAGCAAGGCAGGCUGGUUAAUAAGCUACAUCCUGAUUACAGAAUUUGUCGGGCUGCAAUAUCGGAGAACAGUGGGGAUUUUUUACCAAGUCGCCUUUACCUUUGGGCUCCUGAUCCUUGCUGGGGUGGCAUACUUGCUUCCUCACUGGAGGUGGCUGCAGUUGACGGUUACUCUGCCCAACUUCUGCUUCUUGUUCUACUAUUGGUGCAUCCCUGAGUCUCCGAGGUGGUUGAUCUCCCAGAACAAAAAUACUGAGGCCAUGAGGGUCAUUAAGCACAUGGCAAAGAAAAACAGAAAAUCUCUGCCUGCCUCUCUUCAGAGCCUCAGACCUGGCGAGGAAGUCAGCGAGAAGUUGAAUCCUUCAUUUCUUGAUUUGGUCAGAACCCCUCAGAUAAGGAAACACACUUUGGUCUUGAUGUACAACUGGUUCACGAGCUCUGUUCUCUACCAGGGCCUCAUCAUGCACAUGGGCCUUGCAGGAAGCAACAUCUACCUGGAUUUCUUCUACUCUGCCCUGGUUGAAUUCCCUGCCGCCUUCAUCAUCAUCCUCACCAUUGACCGCAUCGGACGCCGUUAUCCCUGGGCUGCAUCAAAUGUAGUGGCAGGAGUAGCGUGUCUAGCCUCGGUUUUUAUCCCUGCUGAUCUGCAAUGGCUAAAAGUUACAGUCGCAUGCUUGGGCAGAAUGGGGAUUACAAUGGCCUAUGAAAUGGUUUGCCUGGUCAAUGCGGAACUGUACCCCACAUUCAUCCGGAAUCUUGGUGUCCUGGUCUGCUCCUCCAUGUGUGACAUUGGUGGCAUCAUCACACCGUUCCUGGUCUAUCGACUCACCAGCAUCUGGCAAGAGCUCCCACUGGUGGUCUUUGCCGUGGUUGGCCUGAUGGCUGGAGGACUGGUGUUGCUUCUACCAGAGACCAAAGGGAGGACUUUGCCCGAGACCAUUGAAGAAGCUGAAAACAUGCAGAGACCAAGAAAAAAGAAAGAAAAGAGGAUUUACCUUGAAGUCAAGAAAUUAGACAUUCCCCUAAACUAAGAAGAGCCCUCAUUGCUGCUAUGGUCUUCCUUUGAUGGUCUGAGGCCAGAAUCAGAGAUUUCUCCACUCCUCACAAAGCACAUACAAUUCAAACUUACUUCCCUUUGAAUCCUAUUAACCUAGAUCUAUGGCCAAAUGGAGCUUGUUGUACAACUGCAUUAAAAUCUACCCAUGGACCAGAUCCUGCCAUGCCACUCCAGCUCACUCCAUUCCCGGUAUUCCCGGACAACAACCAUUAAUUUGCUGGGAAUUUUUUUAAAUUGCUGUAUUUCUUUAUUUUGUUUCUUUCUCCACAAUUAUGUGAAACCAAAACAUAUAGGGGAAUUGUGGGCCAGGGAAAUAAAAUAAAAAAGAUUGUGAAAAACAAUAAAGUUUUCUUCAAGAAAUAACAUCCAAAGCAAUAUCAAGUUGUCCAGAAUGUAAGUCAAGAAUUUUAAAUAGGCCUUUCAGUGUUACAUGUGAAGAAACUUUAAAAUACAUUGAUUAUUAUCUGGGUUAGACUUUAAGGGAAUUUAAAAUAAAAGAAUCAGGAGUACAAAGGAGUAAUCACUGUCAUCUCUAUUUAGAUGAUGGAUAAGCACAAAUGUGUGCUCUCUACAAGAGAUCUUGAGAAGUGUUUGAUAAAGAGCAAUGUUAAACUUGGCAUUAUUAAACGAUAGAUGAUAAUGCUUCCAUCUGGUAAAAAUUUCUCUAAAUUUGUGGAUUUAAAAAAUUAUAUUGAUAUUUUACCAAAGUAAUGUAGUAAGUAGAUUUUUUUAAAGCUAAAUAACGACCUAUAAUGAAAAACAAAAGUUCCUUGCCCCAUUUCUCCUCUACUAACUCCUCAGAAAUAAUUUUCAAACUUUUUUGCUGUUUUUUCCCCUGAGAUUUAUUGUAUCUAAAUAACUUGCUUUAUAUUGACAUAUCUUGAUUUUUUUAGUUUUGAAUAUUACCUGUUGACUUUUUAAUAUAAAAGAUGAACAUAUAGCUCUCUUCACGUCACCCCUCAUCGCAACACACAACUUCUUUCUUCUCUACAAACUUUGCUUCAUACAAUUUUUACUAAAUCAAAUAGUCAACAUUCACCUUAGUAUGGCUGUGGAACUAUUAUUAACAGCCGAGCCACAUAGUAUACUAUGAUCAUAUACUAUGAUAUAUAUAUCAUAUAUCAUAUACUAUGAUAGUAUACAUGAUUCCUUUCACAUUCCAUUUUUCCUGAACUGUGGUUCUCGUUGCUCUGCUUUCUAUAUAUUCAUCAUUAAUUUUCUUCCAGCU